AUGAGGAACAUGAUGGAGCCAGUAAUAGCUAGACCGCGAAAGCAGGUUGCCACCGCAGUCCUAAUAUCGGAGACGCUGUCGUCAACCUUGCAUGUCCGAGAGGAAUCAAUGGGGGGCGCGGCCGGCACCGGGCACAUCUCCGAAGAUGGGGGGUCGAAAGUUGGUGUACUGCGUGCGGACGCUCCCCUCUCAGUAAAUCCUUCGCGAAGGCGUUGUAGCGGAAGCAUGGCGAGGCCGCGGCUAGAUGCUGGUACACUCGGCUCCCCGUUCGCUAAAUCAACCAAAAAAACCAUACGGGAGCUGAUUGAUAUGAGUGGAACGAGUGUCAAAGAGGAAGUUGUAGAGAAACAAGACAAAACGGUCAUCAUUCAGCAUAGCACCAUUCGGAAGCCGGUGGGCAUUGACAUGCGAGGCGGGUCGAUAUCGACACCCAAGAAGAUUAAUGUUUCGCCGAAACCCAUCUCACCCAUUAGACGUGGAUGGCAUUCCGCAGGUUCUGCAGGUAAAGUUGGUGAAAGAACGCCAUGUGAGACAACGAGAGAACGGGACUCGAGUGCGUCGAGAAGUCCCGUUCAUCGGAGGAGUGCAGGUUCCGCCAUGAGCAGGUUGGAGUCAAAUGUUUCCACUCCUAACAGUAGUAAAAACUCUACGGUAUCACGAGGUGCGAUCGGCGCCUUUGGGCCAUUUUCGCCCCUUUCUUCGCUCCGACUCACUGACCUCGAGCGCCCCGGUACGAGAAGUACACCAUUGAAUAGCCUCACCAAAACGCCGGGUUCCAGGCGGGCGCGACCACAGUACAAAAUAGUGAACCUUGCCCUCUGCAAGUAUCCCCUUCUCCGUAUCAUUGCGCAGGAAAACGGAUUUAAGAUUCAGGAGUUGGAGGACGAUCUAGAGAGGAACAAUUUCAAUAUUGUGUGGUCAGACACAGUGCUACCGCUGACGCGGCUUGUCCGGCUGGCCAACUGGCAGCGGACAAAUCACUUCCCCUCAAUGUAUUUGUUGUGUCGGAAAGGGCACUUAGGCAUCACACUUGGUCGCAUGAGGAAAGUAAUGCCAUCACAUUACAUUUUUUAUCCACGCACGUGGUCGCUUAGGAGCGAGAGGCACCAGUUUGCUCGUUUUCUGAUGGCCCUACGCAGCAAGAAAUUGUCGAAGUUUUUCAUUAUGAAACCGAAUUCUGGCUGCCAGGGCCGAGGAAUUAUGAUAACGCGUGAUCCUCUCAACGCCGUAGAAGAUCUUGAUAAUUACAUUGUGCAGGAGUACAUUACCCGUCCACUGCUUCUUGAAGGACGGAAGUUUGAUCUGCGCGUUUACGUGCUGCUAACGUCCAUCAGAGCGCCCUCGAUAUUUCUUUUCAAUGAUGGGCUUGUCCGGCAGUGCGCAGAACUUUAUGAACGGCCCACAGAUGCGAAUGUAAAGAACACGUGUAAGCAUCUGACAAACUACGCCGUCAACAAACAUAAUCCCGAGUAUGUAUUCAACGAUGAUCCGGCUAAUUGCAAUGUGGGCAACAAGCGUAACUUCAAGUUUUUCAACGAAUGGCUGGAAAGCUGUGGCAAGUCCGUAGAACAGUUUUGGGCUCGCGUGGCGCACGUCAUCUGCAAAACUAUCCUGGUUGCGCAGCCACAGAUUGCAAAUGUGUACAACUCUUGCUUCCCAAGACACAAUAGUGGGUAUAGCUGUUUUGAGGUGCUUGGUUUUGAUAUUUUGGUGGAUAACAAAAUGAAGCCAUGGCUAAUGGAGGUAAACCACACACCGUCGCUCGUUACCGAUACACCUCUGGACUACGAGGUGAAACAUGCACUUAUUAGUGAGGUAUGGGAUAUUCUCGACGUGAAGGUGACGGACAGGAAGCGCGACGAGCGGAAAGAGCGUGAUGAGUUUAUCCAGCGAAUGAUGCGACCACCGGUGAACACCGCCAAUACACACACAACGACGGCGCAGAAGCGACAGAAUUCCGGUGAUACAGCAAAUGGUGUCGCCACAAAUGGCUCCUCCUCGAAUGCAAAUCAAGCAAGCAACGCAACGGGAGCAGGGAGUUCCAGCACUCAGGAUGGGAUGACUGAGUGGGAGAAAACAGUUGAGGGCCGCCGCGCUGCUGAAGACUCUCGGUUGCGCAACUUCCGCCGCAUUUAUCCUUCAGACAAUAGCGACUGGCAGGCACUCUAUGACAUGAUUCUGGCGCAGGCACGUGCUCUCUGCUCGGGUCCCCUCGUCCCAGGGGCCGACGACCGAUUGCGGCGGGUGGACACCACAUCAGUGGCCGGCAGCUUGCAGCCUUCCCAGUCAGGAGGAUCCACAGCGGAACGUAGCGGUCGAGGUGGGGCACCUGAGGCCAUUGGAGAAGGGUCCGUACAAAGCGCUGCUGGUGUUUUGCGUCUAGGGCAAAGGCAGAGGCCUCAGGAGGCUUCCCCAAGCUACAGGAAGACUCGUCGUGUGACAGGCACAACAACACCCACACCGACACCCGGCGCCCAAGUACAAAAAACGCCACUCGAACUAAACCAGGGGACUACGGUGCCACAGGCACCACUGCUGCGACCACCUCAACUGCCUCCAUCAAUGGAGCUUGCAAACGUUGUGGUGCAUCAGAAGGAGCGUCGGCCAACUCUCAUGAAUCGUGUUUGCUUGCCUGACAGCACACUUGCCGAGAAGGUGGUGACAGUGACAACAGGAAGGGAAUCCGAUGGACACGGUAGGGGUGCUACCGCGGAUCUGGGAGUUGGACUGCGGAAAACACACGUCGUGUCUGCAAGGAUUCUCUCGCCUGUAGGAAAGGCGUCACCAGGACUAAUAACCACUUCCCCGCCUGAGUCGCCGACAGCGGAUCGUAUAGAGGCCCUACGAAGCUUACAGAAACGCCUCGAUCAGGAGGCGGAAUGCGAGAUAUCGACCACACAAGAGAAUGCGGAAAGAGAAGAUUCAUUCCAUUUGGAUGAGUAG